AUGAGAGAAAUGUUUGACGAUCAUGACGAAAUAGAUUUUUUUUUUCCUAUUACUGAUCGUCUAUUUCGAGUAGAAAAGAUAUUUCGUCGAUUUUUUCAAGCAGCUGUUACUAACCUAUACAAGAUAAAUAUGUUCAGUGGUGAACUGAAGAAAGCUUGCUCCAACAUAGAUCUCGAUAUUACCAGUGAAGCAACUCCUGAAGUCACUGGAUUUUUCGAGGUUACCGUUGAUGGAAAAUUAGUUCAUUCAAAAAAAGAUGGUGAUGGAUUUCCAGAUACGAAAGAUAAGAUGGAUAAGAUCGUGAAAGCAGUCGAAGAAGCUAAAUAA